AUGGUCGACGAGUCUCUUGCAAAACUGCGUAAAUUGUCAGCCGGUUGUUCAAAAUCGCAAGAAAAAGAGCUGGACAAAAUCGCCACGUUGAACACCUAUUUGAAGUACCAAGUUCCGCCCGAAAACCUCGAUGAGCAACCUUUGAGAUUUAUGACAUUUAAUGAAAAACGACGAUUUUUUGAAUGCGAAUAUCCCGGCAAAAAAAGUCCGGGGCAAUUGAGAAGAGGAAGAGAGGCGUUGAAGGCGAUUUGCGAUAAUUUGGAGAAUUAUUCGGAUUUUGAUGAGCGAGAAAGUCCCGAUGUAAGGUUUCUAUGAAUUUGAAAUCUUUUAAUCAAAUAAAUGAAAUGAUUUUUCAGGAAAUCUCAAUCUCCCCUCCAAGUCGCGAAAACCUGAAAACUCAAAAAAAUGCACCAACAAACCGUGCUUUUCCUGGAAGCGAAUUGUCGGAUUCAUCAAGAAGCUUGAGCUUUGAACCAGAAAAUGAUUAA